AUGUGGUAUAUUCUAUUACUAUUUGUAACAAUAUCUGGUCAACAACUUUCUGUUCCAUUACGAUUUGAUCAUGCAUUAUCAUCUCUACAUUCAAGAAUUAAAUAUUUACAACAAUCACAAUUGAUUGUUGACGAUAUUCAGUUUGACAACUUGUCCUUAAAUGAUGAUCCCUAUUUCAAUAAUACAGCUUGUGAGAGAGAUGUUGACGUGUUAUCUCGAGCAGUGUUAAAUAAAGAAACGUGGGCAUUAAAAUUUUUAGAUUCAUGGGGUAAACCGGCUGCAGGUUUGUUACAAGGCAAUAUAUUUUGGCUUGGGAGUUAUGAAGAAUGUCUCAGUAAUAUGUACCAAAUGAAUAAAACGUACUUAUCCCAACCAUUUCAAGGCCAGUAUUGUACAAUAUUACCACAAUCGGUUGAAGAUGAGACGUCAUUUGAGGGCUUUACAGGUUUAGUAUAUGGGAUAUGUGUACCGGAGUCAUGCAACAAAACAGAAAUUGUAGUCGUAGUUAAAAAUUUAAUAAAAUCGAAAUCAAAUAUAACCGAAAAUUAUCUACAAUGUUCAAAUAAAAAUUCAUUUUAUCAACGAUCGUUGUCAACUGGAGCUAUUGUUGCUAUUGCAAUAAUAAGUUUGCUAGCAAUUCUUGUACUUAUAGGUACAAUUGUUGACUUGUUUUUGAGUGAUAAACUCCGUGAAUUCGGUGCAUUGACGCAUGCCAAUGGUUACAAUUAUAUGUCAGAUACAUUAGCGGAUAAUAAUAGUAAUAAUCUAGAAAGUGUAUCAGUACCUCGAUAUUCACGGGUGUCUUUACAAGUUCUCAUUGAUACAUCGAAAACUGCUGCAUUUUUAGCAGAAUUUUCUGCUUUGAGAACAUUAUUAAAAAUAUUUUCAUUAAAAGAAUCGGCAGAAUCAUUUACAUUUUUAAACGGUAUUCGUGUAUUAUCGUUAUUAUGGGUUAUUUUCGGACACACUUACGUGUUUGGAUUCUUUUAUACGGACAAUAUUGCACAAAUAUUCUCUUGGACACAACAAUUUUUAUUUCAAUUAAUUACAAAUGCAGUGUUUAGUGUUGAUACAUUUUUUGUUAUUAGCGGAUUUCUUACAGCCGUUCUGUUUACAAAAGAAGUAAAUAAAUCAUCUAAUGGUUUAAACGUUAAACUUUGUAUUAUGUAUUAUGUUCAUCGAUUUAUUCG